UGUUUCAAAUAACCAUCCUUUCUGUUCGGCAGCUCACCCAAAACUAUUGACAAUCUUUUUGCUCCACCUGUUUUUGGAGACGUGGGAGGUACUGGAUGGAGAGCGCGUGUGGAAAUUGAACAGCGUUGAAUUGCUCUGAUGGAAUGGCGGCUGUUUUGGAGCUGGUUCUACAGGGGGAUGUUUCAGUUUCUGCAGUUGUUAAGUGGCUCACAAAAACACAAUCUCGACAGCUGGAGAGUGAAGAUGAUGCUGAUCAGAAACUAACUUCUCUCACUGUGCAGUGGAAGGACUUUGUUCCAUUCUUGCUGAACUUCUUAAGAGAGCAAACCAGUCAGGUAUUUACAACUGGACCGUCUACUCCUGCUAAAACUCCAUCAAAGGGGCUGAGAGGAAUUGGUACUCAUCAGAGCAUAAAUGAAGCUAGUACCUCUGAAAGGCGUACUAGUAGUGGUGUGGCAUCUAAAGGCAGCAGGGUGCAGCUUUUUUCUCCAACUUCCAGUGGGUCCUAUGCAUCCAGUCGAAGUUUUCAUUCUCCAUCUCUAUCGAAUGGAUCUUCAUUUUUAUCAGAGUCCUCCCAUUCUUUUAAUUGCAGUGACUUGGCUAGUGCAGUCUCUGUUACCAGUCCAGGUUUGAGCUGUAGUUCUGCCCAUCACCCUGCAGACAGACGCUCUUCUCAGCGACCAAGCCUUGGGCAGUUUAUUCUUAACACAUCUGACAUUCCACAGCAGAAACGAGGAAAGAAGAAACAUAAUCUUGGCAGCUUUGGGCAUAGAGGAGCUCGUGACUUGGUUUGGAGUCGAAAUGGAGAGGAUCCUAAAACUGAAAACUUAGCAUCUUGCACUGAUAAACAAUCUGUUGUGGUACCUGCUGCCAGUUCACCUCAUGUAGAGCUCAACCUUAAUAACCUAGAUGAUUUUCCUCCUAUGAUUGCAAACUGCUCUUCAUCUAGCAGUACAACAAAGCCAUCUAGAAGAAUCAACCCAACACCAGUUAGUUCAGAACGUUCCUUCUCUCGGCCCAAGAUUUGUUUUACCUCUACCCCAUUGAGUAAGAUUCCUCUUUCUGUGCCACAAACUGGAGGAUCCCCUGAAUUCUUGGGUACGGUCGAAGAUGGGAGUUUUGCCAUAUGUGCUACUACCAGCCUAAAGGAAGAGCGAGAAAUGCUAAAGAAAGAAAGAUUUAAACUUCUCCAGCAGACACCUUCUGCAACAGUAGCAACUUUGGAUCCUAUCACACCUACGAAACAGAGCUACAACAGGAGCAUCAGCUUCUCUACAGAUUGUCCACCAACUCUUGCAGACAUUGACAAAGUCUCCUGUAAGAAACAACUUGAGUUGAUGGCUCAGUUGUACUCUGCUUGCAUAGCAGAGAACCUGGUUCCUAACAUUAUUCUAGAGCUAUUCUUCGUCUUGCAGUUGUUGACAUCUAGAGGAUCCUGUACAAGAGAAGAUGGGGAGAGAGAUGAUGAAUUAGAGGCAUUCAAAGAUGUCCUAGAAAGAAAAUAUUUCAAGACAGUUCACAACUGCGUUUAUUUUGCUGCUCAAGUAUUGGAGAAGCAGUUUGAGUGUCACUUAAACAACCAGCUUCAAUACAUACUGUCCCAUUCCAGCCAGAGACAGACAACCGUUCAAAUUUCCCAAGUGAGAAGGCAUUUCACAUAUUCAAGAAGGAAAGAGACAUAUUCUACGAGUUGCUCCGUGAAUGGGAAGAUAACCACAAACAGCCUGGUUGGCAGUUUGAACGAGCUCUUGGUAGCAGGAUCAGAUGUGCAGAGGUCCACUAAAUGCCAACAGUGGUGCUGAUGCUGCAGACCAGGAUGUUCUGAAUAUGUUGGGAACGGAUAACUUGAGCCGCUUGAAGAGACUGCAAGAGAGGUUUACAACAUCACAGAGCAUCAGUGGGCCCUGCCCACCCCCCAUGUUCCCAGGCUGUCAGGAGUUCUUCAGAGACUUUAUAGUUAUUGCUGGAAGCUACCAGCUGAAUCAACAUCUCAUCGACAGCUUAUCUGAAGAAUUAUUGGAGCUGAAUGACACUACUCUUGUAGGAAGAGAAUCUGCUGAUGGAGAAGCUGACAUGGAUGAACAGGAUCAGAAAGAACAGUUUUGUUCUGUACUGAUGACAGCAAGAUUGUUGGGAAAGUUCUUGGGAUUUAUUAUCUUCCUUCCAUACCGUACAGUGGAGCCUCCCACUAAAGAUGUACAAGCACCAGCGAUUGCGGUUCGAAAUAAGGUAUUUCCUGUGGUAGAUGUGUAUGUGUUGCUAAGGCAUUCCAUCAGCAAUGGGCGAACUGUUCUCACAGUACCUUGGCUUGUGGAGUUUUUGUCAAUGAUGGAUCACAUUGCUCCAUACCUUGAUUAUUACUGCAGGGUCCUUAGUCUUCUGGUACAGUUGUACAGGUGCCUUGUCUUCAGCAAAAUGAGUGUCCUGAACAAGCUUCUGAUCCUUGCAUUGUUGGGAUGGCUGUUUCAGGUUCCAAGUUUCCCUGAAGACAUGUUCUUUGUAAGUGACUCUCAAGAAGGACUCUGCGUUGUGGAGCUGCACAACUCAUGCCAAGAUUUAGAUUCUGUCCCCCUUGUUGACCAGCAGUUGCUGUAUAUGUGCUGCCCUUAUCUUGGUGAGUUUCGUAAGCUGAUGGCCUCCUUUAUAUCAGGAACUGGAUCAAAAAAUGGAGGCUUUGUAAGGAAGAUAACACCAACAGCUGCAGAUCCAUUAAUGCCCAUGCCACCAGUUUCACAGCAAAAAUUACAGGUGGAGCUAGAGCAAGCUUUCUUUCAUAAUCAGCCCCCUUCACUACGUAGGACAGUGGAGUUUGUAGCAGAAAGAACUGGUUCAAACUGUGUCAAGCAUAUCAAGGCGACAUUGGUAGCAGAGCUGGUGAAACAAGGCGAGUCCAUGUUGGAGGCUGCUUUGGCAGAGAAUGAUGUGAACAUUCCCAAGAUGCUUGACAGUGUAUACACAAAACUCUGUGAAGAUGGAAGAGUCGCUGUACUCAGGGGCCAAGAGUUUUGCAGUAGUAAGGGUCCAGAAGCUGUUAGAGUUCUGCUUCCAGAAGAGACAUCUGCUUCGGUACUGAAAACAUCACAGAGUAUCACAGUAAGACUUGCUACAGUGAAAGCUUGCACUUGGCUGUCUGCCAAUAUCACAGCAUUAAUUAAGAAAGAGAUGAAAGCUGCUGCUGACCGAAUAAUGAAGAACCACAUUAAUCUGAACACAGCAAUCAAGGGAGAUGAACCAGUGCAGCAGAAGAGGGCAUGUCCUCGAGAGUGCAGACAUGAUGCUCCAUUUCCAUCUCAUAUUGUAUCUGAGCUAAAGGAUUUCCUGUGUAUUUCAUUGGGUCCCAGGUCAUACAAUGAGAAGAUUGAGUAUGCUGAGCUAGUCAAACUUAUCGGGAGGAUAAGAAGUGCAUUAAUAUGCCGGAAGUACAUGACGCCUGUAACAGAGCAGCUGCUUGCCAAGUCCACAGUGGAGCUGGCUUCAGUGUUUGUUUCAGGGCAAAUUCCACUUCUGGAGUGCAGAUUGAAAACUGAGAUAACUGAAGAAACUGAACAAGAGAGGGUUGAAAAGGACCUGUUGAACCUCCUGUUGCCACUUUGGGUAGAGAAUUUUUCUGUACCUGUUCCCUUUGAUCUGUUACUUAGUGAGAAGAAUAUUGCCUUUCUCAUGGAAGCCAAAAGCCCAAAGUGGGACCAUCUUUUAUGUCUACUUCGGCAUCUCUUACAGCAUGACUUGUUGGAAGUCACAAAGAUCCAGGACCACUUGAAAAGUCUUAAACAGCAUUCAUGGCCAACGGACUGCUGGAAAAAGUUUGAACUGGCUUUUGAAGUUUUGGUAUCACUACACACAAGUGAAGAGCAGAAGCAGAUGCUAGACCCACAUGCUGACCUGGAGCAAGUGGAAUAAACACGAGUUGUACACUAACAAGAAUACCAUUAUGAUGGAAGAAGAAAAAAUAUUUUUUUACAUUUUACUGUACUCCUUUUGUGAGAGGUGUUAGAAGAGCUGUUGUUUAGGCCUGCAUUACUGAACUUUGACACCAGUGCCUUAAACUGUUAUGGGUCUGAACAACGUUUCUACCUCAUUAUCUUUCUGGAUGUGAACAUGGAACUUAUUUAUGGGCUGGAUCUACAUACUGAGGUGUGCAGACAUGCAUUAAGCUACAGGUAUAGCUAGCAUAACAUUUGUGAAUGCCCAUUGAAAGGAAAGAUGUGCCAGGAGUAACUUCAUACGUUUAUUUGAAUUGGCAUUUGCAUGUGGGUUAUAGAGGCCCCUUUCUACUACGUUGUGUCUGGGGUGAUUGCAUACAGAAUCUUGCUCUCUCUGUAUUUCUCAAACUCAAAGAAGCUCAGUUUACUGGCAUCUUUGGGUUGGCAGAGAGAAGCAGAAUACCAAUGACUUUGAAUGCAUAUGAAAAUUGUAUUUUUCUUUUUAAUUUAUUACGCAGAUUCAGUGUAGAGACUGUCUAUUUUGUACGUACAUUGGGUUUUGCAGGUAGCAAGGGUGUGUUAGUGCUCAAGUGUUCAUACAGGGGUCAUUUCUGUAGCUCUUGCACGUAAGCAGGUAAAAUCAGCAGACAUGUUGAAUAAGUUGUGAUAAGGUUUCAUAUAUUGAAAAAAGGUUUUAUGGUCUUUUCAUAUUAAUAGAGUGGCACUUAUUUAGAGCAAAAAUAUGGUAUUUAUGAGGUUUCUGUAUUGUUGAAACUAAUUUGUGGUCCAUAAUCAUCUAACAAGUACCUUUAUUGUAUGCAUCAGUUUCUUUGUAAUUUUCAUACUGCAGUCUGUAGAGUAUGAAGUUUUUGCUAUUGCCUUAUAACAGACCUUAUAGCCACUCUUGGACCUAGCAUGAUACUGAAUGUGGCACAGUUGGUGUACUUUGCCUUCAGCAAAGGUUGUGUAGGCUUCAGAAAUUAAUUCUGACCCUUGACUUGCUAUUUUGCAUUAGUUGAUGUCAUAAAGUCACCUGCUGUUUGGAUUGUGGGAAAAUGCAUCUCUGCUAUCUCCCAUGGCUGAAGUGAAUCUGAAUAGCUAUUGGGUAAUUAAGGAGGAAAACGUGGUAUAAAAUACUUCUUAAAGCUAAAAAAAAAUAAUGUAUGUAAUCAUGACAGACUCGUAUUUAUUAACAGAAAAAAUUGAAGGACUUGCUCAGCCCCAUUAAAAUUAUAUACAUAGAUGUACUUUUUUUUCCCCAGGAAUUCUGAUGUCAGCAUUUGUAUCUCUCAAAUGUUUUCCAACAUUAAUGUUGAUAUAAAUUAUUUUAAAAAGUCA